AUGAUGAGAUUUUAUAAAAAAGUUGUGAUAAAGGCUGAUGAGAGUACAAAGGAAAAUAUUUUAAAGUUUUAUGCUUAUGAUGAUGAUGCUGGAGUUCAUGAUAAAAGUUGCUAUCAAAUUCUUGAAAUUAAUAUGGAAUUUCUAGUUUUAACUCAACAACAAAAUGAAGGAAACUUUCACGUGCUAUGA